CCUUCCGCCUUCCCCUUCCACUCUGGGAUUUCUCUCCUCCCCUGCCUCCUCCCCUCGCUAGGGUUUAGGGUUCUACGGCCACCAGGUAGCCACCAUGAUGCACCAUCACCUCUCGCGCGUCCUCACCCGCCGCCUCCUCCUCCUCCCCGUCCCACUCCCCACCGCCGCAACCUCUCCCUACGCCGCGGCGCUCUCCACGCCCCACAGACGCGCGUACGCCCGCCGCGCCAAGCCGCCGGCGCCACCAGCGGCGGACGCCGGCGACCACACCGCCUCCCCUGCAGCGCCGGCUGACUCGGAUGCGAAGGCCACGUGGCAGAGGGAGAAGCUCCCGGGCGAGCUGCCGCGGCCACCGACCAUCCCGUUCCAGCCGCGCGUCGCUAACGCCGUGCACCUCGUCGGCACCGUCUGCGCCCCCGUGCACGUGCAGCAACUGCCCGACGGCAGAUUCUCCGCGGUCUCCGUGCUCGUGCACGACCACGGCAUCAACUUGCCCAAGUUCUGGGUUCCCAUAGUUUUCAAAGAUGACUUGGCACAAGUAGCUGCUUCCCACUUGAAAGAAAAUGACCUUGUCUCCGUGUCUGGGAAAUUAACUUGUGAUUCUCCACCUUUCCAGCUUGCUGAUGGCGAAGCAAACAUUCAGGUGUUAGCAAAUUCGCUGAAAUUUGUUGAUAGUAAAGCUGUUCAAACGGAUGCCAUACUGGAUGAAGAUGAAGGAUUUAUAGAGAUUGUUGAGGCUGAAAAGAAAGUUGAAGCAAAAAGACCCACCUCCAAGUUUCCGCCUGGCACAGUUUCAGGUUAUAGGAACAAGGCAGAUAAGAUAAAUAAGCUCUGGAAUGAUGUUAUAUCUCAUCCACAAGAUUGGAUUGAUAACCGGCCUCAGAAAAAAAAUGGAUUGAGGAGUCCAAAGUAUCCUGAUUUUAAAAGCAAGGUUUCAGAUGAGGCACUCUGGCUUGACAGUGCACCAGCAUCAGUUCGUGAAAAGUUGGAUGAUUUGGUUUUCGGUAGUGGUUGUGCCGCCACAGGAAGAAAAGAUAAACCUUUUGGUAAUGAUACACAAAAAGCAGGUACGAGUACAAGCUGGAUGAACCAUAGGAAGAGCCCAGAUGCUUCUUUUGCAUCGAAACAAAAACUUGAAGAGGACUUGUGGCGAGAUCUUGUGGACAAUCCAGCAAACUGGUGGGACAACCGAACAGACAAGCCGACACCAAAGCAUCCUGAUUUCAAGAACAAGAAUUCAGGGCAAGGUCUAUGGUUAGGAACCAAAUCGCCUCAAUGGGCUAGAGAUGCACUGCCAUCCUUGAAAUUUAAGGGAGGUAGCAAGGGUACAAGGAAAGAAACCUUACUGUCAUGAUGGAUAUGAGCUUUGGCAGCAAUGGUAAGCCCUUGUGCUAUAUGCCCAGCUCUCUGCCUCUCUUACUAAAUAUAUUGGGUCUGUCUCUGCGCAAAAGGCGUGUGGCAAUAUACGCUAACACCUGAUUCAGGUUGAGCACUAGACAAAAUUCAGGUUGGGCCAUUUUGACUUAUCAGGAUGCAGGAUGUAAAUAGUUUCCAAAUUGACGCUUAUUAUGUAAUUGUCACAUCCUGUAGGCUUAAUUCGAUGCCGUUUUGAAUCCUCACGUUUUCGCUGUUGUACUGUA